AUGUCUUCUGCAGAGAACCCACAGAAGACAGAGGCAUCUGAACUGGCGGAGGACUGCGAUGGAGCCACCAGGCCUCAGGUGAAGAGCCUUGUGAACCAGCGGAGUCGCAAGCUGAGGGAGCUGUACUGUGUCUCCAGGUUGAGCGAGUUACUAGAUAUUCACAACGGGGAUGAAUUGAAGAAGGACAUAGAGCAUUUUUUGGCACUCAACGACAUACGAAAAGGUAUUAGUUUCCAGCCGGAUACAUUACCAAAAUUGAGACAGCUGGAGCCUGUGAAUAUCGAAUCACAGGAAGCGGGCAGCAAGAAAAAGGAUCAAGUUAAGAAAUCCACGGUCAGCCUGCAAGCUGAGGGGAUACAACGACAGCAGCAGCAGUCGUCGCAAAAGUCGCAAAGAGCAGCAAAUGAGACGAAACGGCGGGCUGAAGAAGAAAAUAUUAAUAUGGCUGAGGAGAGAUCCGAAAAGAGGAUAAAGCUCCACGAGAACCAACUAGGCCGAGCUAGUGUACCUCUGAAAAAUAGUUCUAUGCCUCCGCCUUCCGUAGCAAGUUCCGGAAUAGCUACAAUGUCGCUAUCCAACCAUGCCCAUACGUAUGAGCAUCCUCUAUAUUAUAUGAACUUGACAAUUCCUCCAGCGCACCCCACACCUGUUGACGUGCCUGAAAAGUUUAGCAAUUAUUUGCUUCAGGAAGUUACAGCCAAAGCGAUUGAAUCAAAUGACUGUUUUAAAGAGAACAACAUCAACAGUAAAGAAUCUGUUUACCUAUUGAUGAAGGACACUAUACCAUCAAAAAUUGCGCAAGCAUUACCGUUAGCUGAAUUGAAAUACAUGGUUCAAACAUUGCCCUUAAUAAAGCUAAUACCAAUGGCACACAAAGCAUUAACUACAGAUAUAAUGAAUAAUGCUUUGAGCGAAGGUAGGAUUACAGUAGUGAGCUCAAGGAUCGAAGAAUUGAGGCGGCUUGGUCUUUGGUCGUUAAGGCAACCAAAAAAAUUCAGUGACUCUUGGGAACACGAAAAUUCGCAUCAUAGAACACUCAUAGAGGAAGGGAAGUGGAUGCAGGCAGAUUUCAAAGAGGGCCAAAAGUAUAAGAUCGCAGUUUGUGCUACAUUAGCACACGCUGUGAUGGAAUUUUGGUCUUAUGGAAAAGUUUGUUGCGUAAAGACAAAGAUAAAACAGGAAAAAGAGUCCAAUUCGUUGAAUGAUGAAAAAGACCUCGAGAUUGAUCAACCAAAUGAACAAGAAAAUGAAUAUACAUUAAUAAGGAAAGAGAACGUAAAUGAUCGCAUCUCUGAGACAGAGAAGGAAGAGAAGAUGCAUCCGGAUGGCACAAAUGGUCAAAAGUCAAACGUUUCAGAAAAUAUAAACGAUCAAGUAAUUGACACCGCGCUAUUGUUGAAAGAAACAGACUCCUCUAAAGCACCACUCGAUUUGGUAGAACUUUGUAGUAAUGAAGCCACGCAAACGAAACAGAGUAGUGCCGCUAGUCCUUUCAAGUUAACGAUAUCUUUCGAUGAAUUAAAUUCCACUGAAAGAACAAUUGCUGAAGAUAUUCAGCUAUAUACGGGGGUUAAAUCCAUGAAAGAUGGAAAUGAUGAUUUAUCAUUUGCUCCGAUUUCAAAAACUAUGCUUUCUCUAGAGGAUGACUAUUUUUACAAAGUGGUAGAAAAGCAGAUAGUAGAUGAUGAGCAAUCGCUAGUACAACUCAGUAAACGUAGAGGCUUGUUUUAUGGUAACAGGAGAAGCCAUUAUUUAAAGCCGCCACCUGCACCUUCCUUGAGGUACUUACAAAAUCGGACUCCAACCAUUUGGUUACCAGAAGAUGAUCAAGAACUUGUUAAAAAUAUCAAUGCUUACGCUUACAACUGGGAAUUAAUCAGUGCACACAUGACCAGAAAGUCAAGUGAUUCCUAUCUUUCAAAUAUUGAAAGGAGAACACCUUGGCAGUGUUUCGAAAGGUUUGUUCAACUGAAUGAAAGAUUUAGCUUCAAUGAUUUGAAGGGACCAAGGGCUCAUAGUGUACAGCAAUGGUUGAUGGAGGCACAUAAGUUUCAACAAAGACAAAAUAGCAGAAUUUCGCCAUUAGGUGUCGGACAAGAGUCCAUUCAACGUGGUCAUAGGAGAUUACGUUGGGCUAGCAUGUUUGAGGCGAUGCGCAAAUGUAUCAAAAAGAGAGAGAACGCUCCCCGCCCAAAUCCGACACAACCCAGAAAACCAUUAGAUUGCAAAAAUAUGGCUGUUCCUACGCCAGCGGAGAUGUCUAAAUUGAAAGCAGAGAGGGACGAUUCUCUGAGGAGAGAUAUUCAAAUGAGACGUAGCGUUAAAAAUCGGCUCCAACAGCAAUCGAAUCAAGCAACACCUAAUCAAACACCCUCUCGUUCUUCGGUAAGAGAUAUGAAUAUAAGUGAAUCAUCUUCUAUUUCUGGUGGAGCCCCUGACUCGGCCUCCAAAUCUAAGACUUUGGGGAGUAGAAAUUCUUCUACGCCAGUCCCACCACCGCGACAAUUCUCAGAACGGGAAAUUAUCGAAAGCUAUACAAGAAAAAUCCUAGCGCAGAAACCUGAGUUUACUGUUGAAAAUGCAAUGAAAGCUGCUCAAAAUUAUUACAGACAAGCCCAGCAUCGGAGAUUACAGUUACAACAAGCAAAACAACAGGUGGUACCCAGUUCACAAACGGGGGGUGCUUCCCCCCAAGCCCAAACGUCGUCACAACCUAUUUCGAAAUCACCAUCAGUUCCAUCAGACAAAAAUAGAGAGGCCAAUAGUAACAUACCUAGUGCUGGCAUAAGUAAUAAUAUGAAAUCGCCCACUCCUCAAGAAAUUUUGGAGAGAUAUCAGAAGUCGUAA